GCAUAUCGCCCGUCUUGGCAAGAUUCCUUUCAUUCCAUGUCGCUUCAUUCACCCUGCCCAUUCGCAAAAUGUCUCUCCUCCUGAACACUCUCCUGGCCUUGACGGCCUUGAUUACUCUAACCCAUCUUCCCCCGUCCAAGCUCUUUGCUCUCCAUCCAAUAGCAAUGACCGCGGCACUGGUCCUUGGAAUCCAAGGAACACUCAACCUCAACCGCCGACGCAAAAACAAGAAACAACAACUCAAACCUCAGACAAGGGAGGAAGCGGUGGAUGGGCAUUUUAAUUUCAUGAUGAUGGCUGUCAUGUUGAUGGGAUUGGGACUCUUGGCGAUAUACCAACAUAAGAAUCACACCAACGAUCCCCAUUUCGAGUCUCUUCAUAGUCUCCUCGCAAGCACGCUCCUGCUCUUGAUUAUCAUUAUGGUGCUUUCAGGCAUUAGUUUCAAAUCCCAGAUCCGGCCCAUUAUUCCAUGGCGGCUGCACCGUUUAGCAGGGUACGCACUGCUGGUUGGACUGACGGGGGUGUAUUAUACGGGAUUGGACUAUAUGGUGGAGGGAGCGAGUGUAUGGUACGCAAGAGGGGUUUUGGGAUGUACGAGUGCUGUUCUGGUCACUUUGCUAUAGUGGCGAUGGGGUGUAUAGACUCCACCUCCCAUUGACAUGUGGAUUAAACCCUACCUAGAUUCGAAUAAUUCCUAUAGCUAUUAUAGAUUAAUAAACAUAUCAAAUAAAAUGGAGAGAAAAUCCAAAUGCGUUAUGAG